AAUGAAGCUGAAGGAGAUUGAUCGUACUGCCAUGCAGGCAUGGAGCCCUGCCCUGCAGCACCCCAUUUACCUGGCCACAGGUACGUCUGCUCAGCAGCUGGAUGCAACGUUCAGCACCAACGCUUCCUUAGAAAUAUUCGAGCUGGACUUAGCAGACCCUUCCCUGGAUAUGAAGUCCUGUGCCACCUUCUCCUCCUCUCACAGGUACCACAAACUCAUAUGGGGGCCACACAGCAUGACCGCAGGCGAGAGCGUCUCAGGAGUCCUGAUUGCUGGGGGUGAAAAUGGAAACAUCAUCCUCUACGACCCAGCCAAAAUUAUAGCUGGAGAUGCUGAAGUCAUUGUUGCCCAGAAAGACAAGCACACAGGACCGGUGCGAGCGCUCGAUGUCAACAUUUUCCAGACUAAUCUGGUGGCCUCCGGUGCUAAUGAGUCUGAAAUCUAUAUCUGGGACUUGAACAAUUUUGCCACACCAAUGACACCAGGAGUGAAGACACAGCCUCUUGAAGACAUCAGCUGCAUCGCGUGGAACAGGCAGGUCCAGCACAUCCUGGCAUCUGCCAGCCCUAGUGGCCGAACAACCGUGUGGGACCUCAGGAAGAACGAGCCCAUCAUCAAAGUCAGUGACCACAAUAACCGGAUGCACUGCUCGGGCCUGGCAUGGCACCCCGAUGUUGCCACACAAAUGGUUUUGGCUUCGGAGGACGACAGGUUGCCUGUGAUUCAGAUGUGGGACCUGAGAUUUGCCUCGUCACCACUUCGUGUUCUGGAAAGCCAUACAAGGGGCAUUUUGGCCAUUGCUUGGAGCAUGGCAGAUCCGGAGCUGCUACUUAGCUGUGGGAAGGAUGCUAAAAUUCUGUGCUCCAAUCCAAACACAGGCGAGGUGCUGUAUGAGUUGCCCACAAACACGCAGUGGUGCUUCGAUAUCCAGUGGUGUCCCAGGAACCCUGCUGUCUUGUCUGCGGCGUCGUUCGACGGGCGCAUCGGCGUUUACUCCAUCAUGGGAGGCAGCACAGACGGCUUGAGGCAGAAGCAGGUUGACCAGCUUUCAUCUUCAUUUGGGAACCUCGAUCCCUUUGGCACAGGUCAGCCCCUCCCACCCCUGCAGCUUCCCCAGCAGACGGCCUCGCAGAGUGUUGUUUUGCCCCUAAAGAAGCCACCCAAGUGGAUCCGACGCCCCGUGGGAGCGUCGUUCUCGUUUGGAGGCAAACUGGUUACAUUUGAGAGCACCAAAGCUCAGCAGCAGCCAGGCAUGGAGCAGCAGCAGCAGCGUUACCACGUCUACGUGAGCCAGGUGGUUACGGAGAAGGAGUUCCUGGCCCGCUCCAACCAGCUGCAGGAAGCUGUGCAGUCUGAAGGCUUUGUCAGCUACUGUCAGAAGAAAAUCGAUAUGGCCCAGGCUGACUUUGAGAAGAACGUGUGGGCCUUCCUAAAGGUGAAUUUUGAGGAAGAUUCACGUGCUAAAUAUCUGGAACUCUUGGGAUACAGGAAAGAGGAUCUAAGGAAGAAGAUUACUUCAGCUCUGAACAAAGAAGGCCUUGCAGAUGAUGAUUUGGGAGAGGCACCCACAGAAUCUGAUGGAUCUGCCAUGACCGAGGCAGGGGAAGGCCAGGCUGCAGAGGAGCAGUUCUUGAGAGAGGGCUUAAAGGACCGUAGACAUGGACCUGAAGAUUCAGUGCCUGCAAUGAAGACAUUUAACAUCUCUGUUAGUGGAGAUGUGGAUGGUUUGAUUACCCAGGCGUUGCUGAUGGGUAACUUUGAAAGCGCGGUCGAUCUCUGCUUGCACGACAACCGCAUGGCUGAUGCCAUUAUCCUGGCCAUCGCAGGCGGACAAGAGCUGCUCUCUAGGACGCAGGAAAAAUACUUUGCAAAGAUGCAGAGCAAAAUUACCAGGCUUAUCACUGCAGUUGUAACCAAGAACUGGAAGGAGAUUGUGCAGUUUUGUGAUCUGCAGAACUGGAGGGAGGCUUUGGCUGCUGUGCUGACUUACGCCAGGCCAGAGGAGUUUGCAGCCCUUUGCGAUCUCCUGGGUAACAGGCUGGAGAGUGAGGGUGACAGCCUGCUGCAGACGCAAGCUUGUCUCUGUUACAUUUGUGCUGGCAACGUGGAGAAGCUGGUUGCCUGCUGGACCAAAGCUCAGGAUGGAAACAGCCCCUUGUCCCUUCAGGACUUAAUAGAGAAGGUUGUGAUUCUGCGCAAAGCCGUGCAGCUCACCCAGGCCGUGGACCCUAGCGCUGUGGGAGCCCUCCUGGCCGAGAAGAUGAGCCAGUACGCCAGCCUGCUGGCCGCGCAGGGCAGCCUUGCUGCAGCCUUGACGUUCCUCCCCGCAGACACCAGCCAGCCAAACAUAGUGCUGUUACGGGACAGGCUUUGCAGAGCCCAAGGGGAGCUCGCAGUGGGCCAGGAGGCCCUGAAGGCACCGUAUGAGAGGCAGCCAGUGACCAAAGCAAGAGCUGGUGCUGUGCCUGGACAGAUGCCAGCACCCCAGGCUCCAGCCCAGCAGUAUUACCAACAGGGAGACAACCCACCUCCUCCAGGGUUCAUCAUGCCAGGUGCUGUCAACCCCACCAUGCCCCCUCCGCCAACCUCCUCUUCCAAUUACAACAUGUACCUGCAGCCAGGGGCCCGACCACCGUACCCACAGACGUAUCAGUCCACACAGCCGUACUCUUUCGGAACGGGGGGACCAGCUGUCUAUCAGCCUCAGCAGCCUGUUGCUCCUUCUGCUUCAGCCUCUUACCCUAAUGCUACCCUGAGCCCUACCCCUCCGUACUUACCAUCUGCCCCUUCCCAUGCCGUGCCCUCCCCGCUGUACCCAGGGCAGCCUCAGCCCUCUCCAACCGCCUUGAAUCCGGCCUCUCCCUUCCCUCUGCCUCCUUCUGGUGCCUCCUUUCAGCAUGGCAGGCCAGGACCUCCAGCAACUACUGUGGCUUAUGCAUUACCUACAGGACCAACAGGGCCUCAGAAUGGCUGGAACGACCCUCCUGCUCUGAACAGAGCUGCCAAGAAGAAGAAGGUCCCCGAUAACUUUAUGCCCCCGGUUCCCAUCACUUCCCCCAUCAUGAACCCACUGGCGGAUCCGCAGUCUCAGAUGCAGCAGCCUCCAGCUCCAGCAGCACCCGUGGGUGCUCCCAGCUUGCAGCCCGCACACCUGCCUGUGGGGCAGCCUGUGCUGCAGGGCCCCUACCAGCCUGCUCCCCAGUCACUGGGGCCAAGCAUCGUGCCUCCUGCUGUCUCCAAAACCAGCACAGAGGGAGCCCCCGGAGCCCCAAUCGGCAAUGCCAUCCAGCACGUCCAGGCACUGCCAACAGAGAAGAUUACCAAGAAGCCUAUCCCUGAGGAGCACCUGAUCCUGAAGACCACGUUUGAAGCUCUCAUCCAAAGGUGCCUGAUGUCUGCUUCAGACCCGCAAACCAAGAGGAAACUGGAUGAUGCAAAUAAACGCCUGGAGUUUCUUUAUGACAAACUUAGGGAACAGACACUCUCUCCAACCAUCAUUAGUGGUUUGCACAACAUUGUGAAGAGCAUCGAGACCCGCAACUACAUGGAAGGACUGAACAUCCACACUCACAUAGUCAGCACCAGCAACUUCAGCGAGACCUCUGCUUUCAUGCCUGUCCUGAAGGUUGUCCUCACCCAGGCGAAUAAAUUGGGUGUCUGAAGUCACCCUGCACUUGCAAAGCGUAUGACGGUUGCUUUUCCAAAGAAGUGCAUUUCUACAGCCAACGUGCAAGAAAUGGACCAAACGCUAGUGCUCAGGGCAUGUUGCAGUAGAGCGCUGACGAAUGGCAUUACACUCUCCCUGCAGAAAACGUCUUCUAGAAGGGCCUCGGAGCCCUGGUGCUUUUCAUUUUAAUCUUUCUGGCCUGAAUGAUUCUUGUCCACAGGUAGUAUAUUUAAUGGAUCAUGCCCCGUAUUGUCAAUUUUUAGAUGCAUGUUAUACUGCUGAACAGCGGCUUUUAAUAACAAAUAUAUGUGUUAAAAGAGCAAAAUAGAUUAUGUAUCAGACUCUAAAACAAAACUCUUCUUCCUACCCCACCCUUCCAUAUCCACCAGAUUAAAGAGUCUGAUCCU